AUGGAAUUUGGGCAAAAAUUGAAUGAACUAAUUAAUAAAUCAACAUACUCAAAGGAAGAUAUCUUUGAGUUCUUUGAUUUACUGUCUUCAGUUAGCUUAGAUUCGAUUGAAAACCAAAAUAUAAAAAUCAAUUUUCUUUAUUAUCGGUCAAUCCUCUCCAAACUAUUCUCAUCUAUUAAAAAUAUCGAAACAAGCAUUACUAGCGAGAUAGGUUUGAUAGCUACGACAGUUCAAAAAUAUAUCGAAUUAUAUCGAAAAGUUAAAGAAGCUGACAAAGAAUUUCCAACAGAAGAACUCUCGAAAUUACUAGAAUUUCAAGCAAUUCAAGAAAAUAUCGCCGAAAUUCCUAAAUUUUCUUUUAAUGAUAAACAAAAAAUGCCAAAUUAUGAAAAAUUCUGCAAUUUUUGCAUAGAAUUCUUCCAACCAAAGCAAUUUAAGUUUGUUGACCUUAUUAAUUUAGCUUUCUAUUUUAACAAAAAUUAUUUAGAAUUAAUUCCAAACUUUUCGAUCGAUAUUUUACAAAAUUGCGACAAAGAAUUAUUUACAGAUAUUGAAUUAUCACCAGAUUCAUUCGUAGCUAUCCCAGAAAUGGUUCCUCCACUUGAUAACGUUUUUGAGAUUGAUUUUAUACAAUAUAUCUAUCAAUCUGUCUACGGAUAUGAAUUCCCAGAGAAAAUAUACCUCAAUUACGAUGUUUCUAACCUACUUUCCAACGAAAAAUUUGGAUUUUUGUUACAUUAUUUCAAAUUUAAUCCAAUUCUCGACAAAGACAUACCGUUAGAUACGAAGCAGACAAUAUUACUACUGAUGAACAACCAAAUUGAGUUCUCAAAAGAGUCAAUUUCCAUUCCAACCUUAAUUACUCCGAAUUACAUCGCUUUAGCGUACUACAGCCUCGAGAAACAUGGAGACACAGGUUUUUACAGGGCAAUCAUCAACCAAUCUGUUUACGGAAAGUUUUGGCUCGCAUCAAAAGUUAUUUCUGGCAGUUAUUUGAAUCCAAACUUACUUAUUUCGAUCAAAGAAUUACAGACCAAACCGUCAGCUGCUUCAAACUUAAUUGGUCACCCAGAAAUUUUACCUUAUUUAGAUUUAUCCAACAAAUAUCAUCGAAGAAUGAAGAUUUUGCUAUCAGAAGAUAAUGAGUUCCCUACAGAAAUCAAUGUAGAAGCAGAGUUGGCCCUAUACAAGCUUAAAGAAAAACAAAAUCAAAUUAUUCAAUCAAAUGCACCGAAAUACUUAAAAUUAUUGGCAGAAACAGUAAGGAAUGACACAAUAAAAGACACAAAAGGUAAUGGUUACUACGCAUCUCUACUUUGCGCUGGAUUUUUACCUCCAAUUCCAGAUACUCAGCCUCUACCGAUAUUUAAAAAACCAGAAGAGUUGAUUGAAGAUCAGCCAUUCUAUACAAUCGUAUCUAAUAUAAUUUCGAUCAUUUCUUCGAUCAAAUUAACAGAAAUUUCAGAUGAUGUUUCAAUUUUGCUUUGCCAUCGAUAUAUUUCGAAAGAAUCGAAGCAGAGUUUAGUAAGUUCGCUAGGUAAUCAAGGAGAACAGCUUAGAAAUAAGUACAUGUGCACAAUGAUGGCGUUUUCCAUGCUAGAAGCUGAUUAUCCAAUAUCCGCUGCGUACAAGAUCAAGACUAUUAGCGAUGUUCCCACUGACGUGAUCAUAACUAUCGUAAAAUUCCUUGAAAACGACUUAUCCAGUUUAUGUGAGUUUUUCGGUAACACUCCUGAAGCACAGAACAUGUUCAACAGGCUUUCUGAAGACUCCAGGAGGUCAGUUCUUGUAUCGCUAAUAAGAAGUGAGAACAACGAUCCCAUACAAUCUUUAUCAUUAGACUUAGAAGACCCAAAGACAAUCCAAAUGAUCCUAGAAUUGUCAGGAAAAGAGUCUGUAUCACAUCCUACCGCUGUAUCUCAGAUCAUGGAGCGAAUCUUACCUUCAUGCAAUGAUAUAAGUUACUUUUUCGACCAAAUUCCUGAAAAUAUCCAUGAAACAACGACAGAAUUAAUUUCUCUGCUCAGUCUUGUCCUCGAUAACGUCAAACACUCUGACUUUGUCGAUGCAAAACUCCAAGAAAAGCCAGAAAUAGAUUUCAUCUGGAAAGAAGAUAUCAAUAAAAUCGAAAAAGUGACAAAAGAUAUUUGGUCGGAAGAAUUUAAUGGAGAAUGUCAUUUUUCAAGCAAUAACAAAUGGCCAGCAUUCAUUUGUUACACUUGUCCCGAAAAUCCGAUCAUUUGUCUCGAAUGCGCAACUAAAUGCCACAAAAACCAUGAUUUAGUUUGCAUCGGAUACAAUAACAACGCUGUCUGCCACUGUGACAAGUACUGUACACUCACAAAUUCCGUGAAAAGCCAGAAUUCAUCUCGGAAAAGACAGACCAAACAAAACGAUCAAGAAAACAAAAUUUUGUCAGUAAAUCCAAAUUCACUGGCAAAAUUUGUCAUAAAACUGUCAAAUUGUAAAUCAAGUAAAGUGUCAGAUAAAACUGUCAAAUUACAUUCUGACAUAAAGACAUGUGACCUGAAAUCAAAGACGAUAAAUCCAAAUUAUCCACCAUUAAUUUUUUCCGAAAUUCCACAGAAAACAUUACAAACAGGAGAUGGAACAAGACUUAGAUCAUCAUUAGAAAAUGUUAAUGAAUCAUUUACAUUAACACACAGACGCAGUGAAGUUUCUCCUGCCAUAUUAUGCUGCCAAGUCUUAGACGGAAGAUUUGUUUUAGUCGGAAUCGGUUGUAAAUUAACGGUUUUGACAAAUGACCUCACUUCUCAACUAUUUUCAGUUUCUCUGCCUAAAGUCAUUUUGUCAAUAAAACCAUCGGUCCAAGAACCAAAUCUUAUCGUCGUCACUUCACUUCACAACUGUUAUUUAUAUGAAAUAUCAGACAACGGACAAAUAACACUUAGAAAUGAAGUAGAACUAAGAUUGAAUAAUAUUGAUUCGUCACUUUUUAUUAAUAACGUACAAUGGAUUCCUGACUCGAAAUAUUUAAUGAUAACAACAAAUUGUUUUGUCACUUUUUAUGAUCCAAGCAGCAAAAAGUUUUUCGGACAUGUUACAACGAAACAAAGAGUUUUCUAUACUUCAUCUACCAUUAUUUGUCAUAAUAAGAAAUAUUAUUGUUUGGUCAGUUCAUCUGAUGGCAAAAUUGGAAUUUACGAUUUGUCUAAUUUAGAAAAUAGUGAAUUUGAUCGUUACUCGAAUUUUAAAUUAGAUGGACAAUUAAUAACAUUGUCUUCCUGUUUAGAAAAUAAUCUUUGUUUCAUUUCUCAAGGUGUUUUAUUACAUAUCAUUAGACCUUCUGAAUUAUUUUCAGAAAAACCGUCAUUUUUAACGGUUAUGACAGAAUUUCCAUCGAAUUUGUAUUUAGUUGAUGUUUUUAAUGGUGUUUUUGUAUUUGGAAACACUAAUACAAAUGCAUUGUUUACUUUAGAAUUUACUGAUUCAGGAUUAGAAUUCGAAUGUCUUCAAAACGGAACAAUUCCAAUUGGAUAUUGUUCUAUGUUGAAUAACUCAAUGAUUUUGUUGUCUGCUUUUGUAUUGAAUAAUUCUUUUGUUUGUUUGACGAAUCACGGCCAGUUUGUUGAACUAAAAAUGAACACAACAGCAGAAACAGUUGCAGAUAAAUUAAUAAAUGAUGAUGACUUCAUUUAUGAAGAAGAAAAGAAUGUUGAACCUUUCUUCUGGGCAAGGACAUUAUCAACAGAUUUAUCUAAAAUAGAAGUUAAAGAUUAUGAUGGAAAUAAUAUUAAUGAUGUUUUGCAGAGAAAAAGAUAUAUUUUCAGUUCUAAUUCGGCAAGGAAAUCAGCGUUAGUUACAUUAAAUGACAGCGAAAACGUAAUUGUUGGAUUCAGAGUUGGCUGUGAAAGUCAAAGUCAAAGCCAUAGACCUCCAUGGAUUUCUGUUUUGGGAAGGAAAGUUAAUGUUAACAGCCAAAGAUCUUUCAUGUUCGCUUUGAAACCGAAUGAAAUAGAACCGAGAAAAACAUAUGAAAUCAGAUUCGGAUCGAAAGAAUAUUAUGACACAAAUUUCGACUUUUUGGAUGUUUUUGUUUGCCAGUACAAAAUUAUCAAAGAAAUCUGUGAAAAUUCAAGAAAAGUUGUGUCUUUCGAUAACUCAAAUAAUUUGUCUGACUUCAAGGAUUCCAAUACAGGAGAUCCUUCUUUGUAUCCUAUUUUCAGUCGAUUGGAAAAGUGUUUUGUUUCCUGUGCAAAGAAUGAAAAACUUUCUGAAGAAAUUUUCACAAGAAUCGUGCAAUUGAUUUAUGAAAACGAUUCAUUGUCAAGCAUUUCGAGAAAGAUUGCUUCUCUAUGCAGUUUCGACAACAAAAACGAGAUUUGGUCUAAAAUUGCAUCAAAUUGUGUUGAAAAACUCUCCAAAACUACAGCAAAAGAUUUUUGGAGAGAUUUCAAUUUGAUGAACGACGAAGACAAAACUAAAGUGUCAAAUGACGUCUGGAAAGGAACAGAAAUCGAACAAGAUAUUUUCGAUCCAAAUAUGAUUGUUUCUGCUUUUAUUUCUACUAAUUAA